AUGUCCGAAACAGCUCAAGCUCCUACUUCUAAGGAAGAACAUCUGGGAAUUACUGUCCCAGAAGAAACUCCUUCAGAAAGUUCUACAGCACGACCAAAUAUUAUUCAAUCGUUACUACGACGUGUACUACCAAGUAGUGAAAGAAAAAAAGAAAUAAUAAGUAUUUAUGAUGAUGAAUGGGUAGAGCAGGAUAUUAUAAGAAUAGUGGUAGAACCACAUAGAGUAUUACAUUUAUUAAGUGAGGAUGAUCGAAAUAUUUAUGAGGAAAUGAAAAAAUGGGUAGAAGAUAAUCCGAAUGAGGGACUAUCUGAAUGUAUUGAAGAAUUUGGGACUAGACCAUUAGGUGACGCCUUAGCGAAGGUGCUUUACAACUUCCCAUUCCCUGACUUCAUUCUCACAUUUAAUGAUAGCGAUCUAAGAGUUGAUCAUAAAAAAGAUCAAAAAGUUAGAGAUAUUAGAAAUCAAAAACGAAGGAAUUUCCAUCGAUUAUUGUUGAAGUCUGGUUUAGUCAUCGAACAAGAACAAGAUGCUGCUAGUCAAAAUGUAUAUAUUAAAUUGUUUGCUCCAUUUGAAAAAUUAUGCGAACAGGCAGAAGUGAUCAAAUUGAGGAUGAGAUUAGAUACAUCAAGUAUGCAAGAACUAAAAGAACUAGAUGAGUUAAUUCCUCAAACGCAACGACAUGUUGCCAUAAUCAUGAGAUAUUUCACACAUCCUAUAAAUUUAAAAAAACAAUCAGCUAUUUUUAAGACUGAAAAAAUAAGACAAUUUCGAGGUGCUGAAGAAUUCAGAUCUAGAUCUGAUAUUAUAAUGAAUUUUUUUUCAAUGUCAAGAAGGAAUUUAAUGGUUUAUAGAAUAAUAGUAAUAGCCAAUCAAAUUCAAAAAAAAGUUAAUCAAGUUUUGGUUAAACGUCAAAUUAAAUCGUUAUCGAUUCAAAAUUUAGUCCUAAACAAAGUAUAUCUUAGUUAUUUUCCAUUGCAUGAUGGUCAUUAUAAACAUGAUGAUACAAUUCAUGUUGAAAGAUUGGUAGCAGAAAGUUUUUAUGGUGAACCGACAUAUAAAUCUAUUGAUGAUGAUCGCAAACCAAUUCUUGAAAGCGUUAGUGAUAAAGAUGAUGGUGAAAGAUCUAUUUCUGAUAGAAAACAUGUUGUGGAUUUAAAUAAACGAGCAUGGCUAUUUGAUAAUUGGGUUAGAAGUUUUAAUAGACAACCAUUAGAAGAGAUUAGAAAAUAUUAUGGAGAAAAAGUGGCAUUAUAUUUUGCUUGGUUAGGUUCCUAUACCACUUGGUUGACGAUAUCAUCCAUAGCUGGUAUAAUUGUUGUUAUAAAUGGGACAAUACAAGGCUUAAAGACGCAUGCAUUUAAAGGGGCACUUAAAGGCGAUGUUUCUGGAAUUUCUAUUAUUUGGGAUAAUUCAUUGACAGCGCCUUUUGCUCUUUUUAUGUCUGUAUGGUCGGUAUUGUUUUUGCAAUUUUGGAAAAGAACCAAUGCGUCAAUUCAAUAUGACUGGGAUAUUACAGAAUUUGAGAAAGAAGAGCUACCAAGGCCAGAGUUUUAUGGGACAGAACUUCGUAAAUCACCGAUCACGAUGAAAAACGAAAUUCACUUCCCAUUUCAUCAGAGGCUUCAAAAAUUGAUCGUUUCUGGUAUGGUUGUUUUUGUUUCUUUGUGGAAUGAGGUUGGAAUUUGGACUUCAGUUUUAGCAGCUUGUGUGAAUUUGAUUACUAUAUUGAUCUUGAAUAUGUACGCAGGUGAAAUUGUGAAACAAACAAACAUCGGAUGUGAUUAUCAAAAUUGUAUGAUAGAACUUACAAUUCAAUUAGCGAUUAUAUUAGUUGGCAGGCAAAUCAUUGGACAAUUUCAAGAAAUACUUAUACCGUGGAUUAGUGGUAAAAUUAACAGAACGGUAAUUUUAAGUGAAAUAGAAACAUUAAGAGAAAAAUACAGGCGCUCUGGUAGGAAAAAUACUGAGGUACCUCAGUGGGUCCAUGAUGAUCGAUUAUCACGUUCACUUGGUACUAUAAUUGAAUAUGAAGAAAUGGUCAUUCAAUUUGGAUUUAUUUCAUUAUUUGGACCUGCUUUUCCGUUAGCCCCUUUGUUUGCUUGGUUAAAUAACAUUACUGAGAUUAGAUCUGACGCUUUUAAAUAUAUUGUAGAAACACAAAGACCAGUAGGCUUCUUAACCCAAGAUAUUGGAAUGUGGGAAACUAUUUUAAACAUUAUAGCUUUUAUGGCAGUAUUAACAAAUGCCAUAAUUAUUGCAUUUCAUUCUACAUGGAUGAAACUAUAUCUUCAAAAAAUUAUUACCAACCCUGAUAAUGAAUUUGAGUUAUUGGUUGCCAGAUUGACUUUCAUAAUGAUUUUUGAGCAUGCAUUUUUUUUGAUACAACUGUUUAUUGCAUAUAUAAUACCCGAUAUUCCACGCACUGUUCGAUUAGCAACAGAAAGAGAGAAAUAUUUAGUAAAAUUGACAAUGGAAGAUACAUUACCCGCUUUGGAUGAAUUUUUAUCAACCAAUGAUGAGACUGAUACUUCAUUAUUUGAUCCUAAUGGUGAAUUAAAAUUACCAAAAUACACGAUUGAUGAAGGUAUUAUAGCUAGAAGUAGAUCAGGAUUUAAAUAUGGAAUUGGAGGUAUUAUUAGUGAUACGGGUAAGGCUGUUGGUGGAGCUGUUAGUAAUGUUGAAGAAAUUGCUGGAGGAGUUAUUAGUGAUGUAGGUGCCGCUGUUGGUAGCAUGAUUGGUACAACUGAUAAUGCUGAAAAAGAUCAGAAAGAAAAAAAGUGA